AUGAAUGAAAAUGAAAACAUUGUUUCCACCCCUAAGCGUUUCGCACUCACAGAAGUAACCAACUCUGCAAAUAAUGUUUCUCCAAAUGCUAACCUCAAGUUAUUGACUAGUGUCGCAUUACAAGAGAAUGAUCUCGUGAAUCAUAACACGAACCAAUAUCCGACGCCACCCCCUAGUACUGUACACCGUAAAGAAAAAUCGCUACAAAUACUCUGUGACAGAUUCCUUGAUCUUUACCCUCUUCACGGAAAUGGGACAAUAGAAAUCCAGCUGGAUUGCACAGCAGCCAGGUUGGGUGUGGAGAAAAGGCGAAUGUAUGACAUAAUAAAUAUACUCGAAGCAAUGCAGUGUGCCGUCCAUAAGAGAAAAAAUACGUAUUUGUGGUACGGAGGAUCAAGACUGAACCCCUUUUUAAAAAUGCUCAAGAAAGAAGGGGAAAACCUGAAAUUAUCUGAUGCAUUGCGUGGUAAAGCUCCUAAACCCCCUGCACCGAAACAUAAAACUCUUGGUGUUAUGGCACAAAGGUUCCUUAUGCUAUUUUUGGUCGAGCCACAAAAUACACUCAUAAAUCUGGAGAUGGCUGUAAGGGUGUUAAUAGACACGUCAAAUAACAAUCGGACAGCCCUCUCACCCGAUCAGCAAGACAGGCAGCACAAAUCCAAAGUCAGGAGGCUCUAUGAUAUAGCUAAUGUGUUCAUUUCUGUUGGUCUCAUUGAAAAAGUUUCAGGUAAUUCUAUAUUGAAGAAACCUGUUUUUAAAUAUGCAGGACCCUUUAAAGUAAAAAAAUCAAAUGAAGUUAUUCUCUACACACCGCCAAUCACACCAUUGAGUGUGUUGGACCAACAAUCACCUUGCCAUGUGUUUGCUGGUAAGUCUAAACGAAAACUGGAGUUCACAACUCCAAAUUCUUAUAAAGAAACAAAACUGUGUGUUAAUGCACCAAUGGAAGCGAUGUCACACAAAUGGAAUGACAUCCUACUUGUGGCUGAUAUGGAACUGACUAAAAUGAAUUGUGGCAAAUUGUUGUGA